AUGAACUUUUAUAAGCAAGCAGCGGAUAUAUUAACAAAAUUAUCAGCCAGAGAAGGCUCAAUUAAGUCACUUACCCUAGCAAAUACGGUUAAAGAAAAGAAAAAAAUGUAUGCCUUAAUAUGUGAAACAUUAAAAUAUAAAGAUGUUAUUAAUAAGAUCAUUGAUAAUUCUCAACUACUUAAAGUUGAAAAAAAGAAUUUAUCUGAUGGUCCUUACAAAAUCGCAAUCAUGAGAAAUGAAAUUAUAUUGAGAGCCGAACUCGUUAAAUUAAAAAUCAAAUCAAAGGUGAAAAAUAAUGAAGAUUUGAUAUCAUCUGAUUAUCGUAAUGCAGUCGUCCUUCCGCGUUAUGUUCGUGUUAAUACUCUUAAAACUACCGUUAAAAAGGUUAUUGAACAUUUUCAAUUGGAAGGAUAUGUGCUUGAAGAAUCGAUUAAAGUGUUGUCGGACAUAAGCACAAGGACCAUACGUAAAGAUUUUCAUUUACCCGAUUUAUUAAUAUUACCACCAAAGACUGACCUUCAUGAUCAUCCACUUUAUCUAUCUGGUGAAAUAAUCCUUCAAGAUAAAGCUUCAUGUUUUCCUGCUUAUAUUUGUUCUCCACAAAUUGAUUCACAUGUAAUAGAUGCAUGUGCUGCACCGGGAAAUAAAACUUCUCAUCUUUCGGCUAUAAUGAAAAAUACUGGGAAAAUUUGGGCCUUUGAUCUUGAUAAGAAAAGGUUAAAGUUAUUGGAGAAAUUAACUCAAAAGGCCGGAUGUAAAAAUAUUGAAGCGGUACAUGGAUCCUUUUUGGAUGUGGAUCCUUUGGAUGAAAGGUAUUCUAAAGUUGAAUAUAUUUUACUUGAUCCAUCUUGUUCCGGAUCUGGCAUAGUAAACCGACUGGAUAAAUUAGUUGAUGCUUUUGAGCAAGAAACGGAUCAAUCCGACACCAGUCAAAAUUCACAAGAUCUACGAUUGAAAAAUUUAAGUGAAUUCCAAGAAAAGAUCAUUUUACACGCAUUCAAAUUUCCUUCAGCGAAGAGGAUAGUUUAUUCAACAUGUUCAAUACAUCCUCAAGAAAAUGAGCAAGUUAUUCAACGGGUAUUAAAGCAAACUGAAACUUUUUUAUUGGCUAAUCGAAAUGAUGUUGUACCAACUUGGGAUAGACGUGGUAUUUCAAGUGAAUUCAAUGAUGAAGAAACUGCCGUUAAACUUAUUCGAACAUUACCAGAAGAUUUUAUGAAUGGAUUUUUUGUGGCAUGUUUUAUUCGUGUUUCGGAAAACGAAACGCGUAAAAAGAAAUUUGUUCUUCAACUAAUAUUUUUUUCUCGACAAAAUAUACUGAUCAUGCAAUACUCAACUUCUACUACACCAACUGAUUCACCAACUCGACUACAUUAUCAUAAGAGUAGUUCCAUACCUUCUUCUCCUCUCAAUCCCCGAGUCGAAACGACUGAUCCAUCUUCGGAAGUUUCACCUCCUCCUCGUCAUUCGACUCCUCAUCGCUCCGUACGACAUAUUGAUAUUGACAUAAAGGAAUUAAUGAAACUUGAGUCCGAGUUAAAAUGUUCGGUUUGCAAAAACUUUUAUGACCUCCCAAUGUCAUCAAAGUGUCAACAUACAUUUUGUGCCGGAUGUGCAAAAUUUGAUAGCGAUAAUCAUUUGACUGGAUUAUGUUGCCCUAUUUGUGAGCACUCCUUCACCUCCUUUACACAGUUUUAUAAAAAUAUUAUGAUUGAAGAUCUUAUCAAAGAAUAUAAAAAUAAUAGUGAAUUAAUAGCGCGUUUAUACACUCUCGGUAAACAAGUCGAAGAAAGAGAACGUCGUGAGGAAGAGAGAAAGUCAAGACUGAUAGAAAAUAAACAGAGUACCAAGAAGAGACGUAUAUUUGAUGAUAUUGAAUCAUUUUCCCCUAAUAAAAAGGUUCACUCUCCAAAUAAACUACAUGGCAAAAAGCCUAAGGUUGUAUAUAGCUUAAUGAAUGACAGGAAAUUGAAGAACCUUCUAAAGGAAGAGGGUUUGGUAGCAGAUGGAACUAAAUGUGAAAUGAUAGCUCGUCACUCUUACUAUACAAAUCUUUAUAAUUCAAAUAUUGAUGCGACGAAUCCAAAGAGCAAAGGAGAAUUAUUAAGGGAUAUGAAGAAAUGGGAAAGAGCUCAACAUAGUAAUGAAGCAAAGGAUGCCUACAUGCUUAAGAAAUCUUUAACUAAUCAGGAAGGAAUCGAUUCUUAUGAUAUCCUUUUUUUUUUAUAUGAUUCGUUUUAUAGUUAA